AUGUUCAAGAAGGCCAAGAAGAAGAAGAAUAAGGGCAAGCAGCCCAUCGAGCGGUCGUCUUUCACUAACCUGCCCAUCGAGCGAUCGUCGUUCACGACUGACCUGCCCAUGGGGCGGGUGUCCACGGCCAACCUCGUCGAGCAGUCGGUCGAAGACAGUCGGGAAACGAAGGCGCUCAAGGAAAACAUCUGGAGAGAGGAGUUCAAAACGAGAGACCUGAACAGGGAAAAGCUACAAAGGCUGCUCUGGCGGCGCUUUGGCGAUGGGAACUUCACUAUGAAAGACAAGGGGUCAAAGAUCGUCGUCAAAACGCCCCAAAAGCUGAUGCGUGUAGGUACUGCCUUUCUCUGGCGUUGUCGUUGCGAGUGGAGGCUGAUAGUCGAUGUUCAGAGCGAAGUUGCCUCCGUCUUCUACACAAAGGGGUAA